GGCUGCUCCUGCUGCGGGUGGCUCUGGCUGUUGCUGUGGUUGCCGGAGUUGCGGCGGCAGCGGCGGCGGCGGCGCUGGCGGGGGUGGCGGCCCCGGCGGAUGUUGACAUUGUGUUGUUGUUCCUGCCCACGGUAAUGGCGGCGGCGGCGGCGGCCGGGACCGGGUCUCCUCUGUAGCCAGAGCCGACCCUGCCUAGCGCCAGCUCCGCGGCCUCCGCGCCCGCAGCCUCGCCAGCCGUUCCCCGCGGCCGCUCCAGAGCCAGGGCCCCGGGCGGGGGGCUCGCAGGCGCGGGAUGGCGGAUUUCGAUGAGAUCUACGAGGAGGAGGAGGACGAGGAGCGGGCCCUGGAGGAGCAGCUGCUGAAGUACUCUCCCGACCCGGUGGUGGUCCGCGGCUCCGGUCACGUCACCGUAUUUGGACUGAGCAACAAGUUUGAAUCAGAAUUCCCAUCUUCAUUAACUGGAAAGGUAGCUCCUGAAGAAUUUAAAGCCAGCAUCAACAGAGUUAACAGCUGUCUCAGGAAGAAUCUUCCUGUGAACGUGCGGUGGUUGCUUUGUGGCUGCCUGUGCUGCUGCUGCACGUUAGGCUGCAGUAUGUGGCCAGUUAUUUGCCUCAGUAAAAGAACACGAAGAUCGAUCGAGAAGUUAUUAGAAUGGGAAAACAAUAGGUUAUACCACAAGCUGUGCUUGCACUGGAGACUGAGCAAAAGGAAAUGUGAAACGAACAACAUGAUGGAAUAUCAAAGGUGUCAGGAGCUUAAUCUCCUGAGUGCAAGGAUUUUCUACGGUUCACAGAUGCCUGGGUUUCAUGUGCAAGACUGAUUUAUAAAGUUAUGAAUGACUUGAAAACAAGGCUUCACUGUGUUCUGAAAAAUAAUAAAUUAAUUGCCAAGAUAAAAUGGCCUGAACAUGUGUUGAUGGAGUGUGAAAUUUUAGAUGCUGUAUAAAGAAUAACCACACCCUUGGUCACGCAGCACGUCAGAUAUGGCGCUUUUAUAUAAUGCUAAUCAAGUUUCCAAGUAUGGAAGAGAACUUUUCAGCCAAGCUGUUGGAGCCUGAGAAGCCUUUAUAGACUUAGGUUGCCUGUGUACCUCAUGGCCUUAGAGGGUUUUCCGAAGGGUUACUAGAACAUUGCUUUUACAGUUAUCUUAAACGUAAACAGAUGUUAGCCAACCUGUUUUGCCCUUUAAGACAUGACUGAUUUUGGAUAAACACGCACACACACACAACCAUUUUAGAAUUUUAGUUUAUUGGUGCCCUGAUUUAUUUGAAUAAUUGUUUUCUUUUUGAAAAGUUCAGAAUACUUUAAGAAAAUUUUAAUUUAUUCUUCCUUGAGUUUGAGUGUUUUGCUUUAAAACAUGGAAAGGUUAUUACGUUAAAAGAACAAGAUACAAGAAAGGAAAUAAUUGUUGAAACUAAAACCGGGCUUUGUGCAGGACCUGGGUCUGCAUUUCUGAGGAACUUUCACUGUUGUUGAAGCAGUAUAACCCUCAUUGUGUAUAUGUAUAAAAGAUUUGUUAAAAAGUUUCCUGACUCUUCCGUUAUCAGACAGCCAAAUCUCCUUUCUCUCCUUUAACAUCAAAGAUAUUUUAUAUGUUCUUUCCUCAACCCCCAAACUAUCUCUGUUCACAAACUUAGUAAUUUAUUUAGGUCUUACCUUUAUGACCACAUGUUAAAUUUCGAGGUGGGAAAGACGUGUGCUGCUUCAUUAUCACCGUAAAACGGGAAUAGUUUGAGGUUGACCUGGCCGGGUACUAGUCAUUUCAUCGUUGAUGGUAAGAGCUCUAUCAUUGGGAGGACAGGAAGAGCUAUUUGAGACAUUUCAAGGAUUUCAUGAAAUAAUUUGCUGUUAUACAUUUAUAAACCAGAACACCAAGCUUAAACCUGAAGCUUUAAUUACUUUUUGCAUGUUUUUUUGAUUUACUUUCAAUAGAAAAAAAAUGAAAGUUAAUAACAAACUGGUUAUACCUGGUGGUAGAGCACAUGCCUACCACACAAGGGGUUUGAUUUCCUGCACUGAGAAAAGAAAAAUCUAAAUUACGUGAUUUCCAAGUGGAACUCUAUGAAGAACAUUCAUUCAAAGAGCAUAUGAACUGGAUUUUCUUUUAUCUUUAAGACAUUUUCUUAUUAAAAUUA